AUUCUUAUCACACCCCUUCAUCUUAUGGUCUUCCCAUUCUAAUUUUCACAAAUAUCACUGACACAGUCAAACUCAAACAUUCAAAUAUACGACUCUAUUCCAUUUCCAGUAUCUUCAUCUUUUCAUCCUCUUAUCUUCCAUUCAUCAAUUUACCAAAACAAAACAAAACACAAAUUUACCUUUAACGUUACGUAACGUUAAACCGAUCUAAUAUUCACCACCUUCCUCGAACUUUCAUUUCGAUUUCGUACAAAAUCACCGCAGUUUAUGUUACCCUUUUCAGCAAUAACACCAAAGUUAACUCCUUUCGUUGACCCUUUAACCCUAACCCUACAUUGAUUAACUAGGGUUUCACUCUCUUUAUAUCUACCUGUUUUUUUGUUCUGAUUUUUCAUUCUUGAGUAUGGAGGUGAAAGAGGGUAUUGAGAGAGUGGCAUUGGAAUCUUUGGGUAAAGGGUUUGAUUUGGCUAGUGAUUUUAGGUUAAGGUUUGCAAAGGGAAUUCGUGGGGGUGGUAAUAGUAAUAGUGGUAGUAAAAGGUUGGUGGUGCUUGAUGAACAAAACAAGAGGGAUAUUUUGAUUCCUGGAGUUGGAGGAGCUACUGUAAUCAAAGGGGUUUCUGAGAAUAUUCGGUGUGAUAAAGGGGAUCGAAUUCGGUUUAAGUCUGAUGUACUUGAAUUCAAUCAGAUGUCUGAGUUGCUGAAUCAAAAGUCAGCUGUACAAGGAAAAAUUCCUUCUGGCUAUUUUAAUGCUCUUUUUGAUAUGAGUGGUGAUUGGCUUCGUGAUGCUGCUGACAUCAAAUAUCUUGCUUUUGAUGGUUAUUUCAUUUCUCUCUACUGUUUGCACUUGACUGCUUCUCCACUUGUACUUCAAGAGGAAGUAAAGAAAUCGGUUCCAGCUCAGUGGGAUCCAGCUUCAUUGUCUAGGUUCAUCCAGACAUAUGGCACUCACAUAGUGGUAGGCAUGGCUGUUGGAGGUCAAGAUGUAAUCUGUGUCAAACAAAAACAUUCAUCAAAGAUUCCUCCCGGUGAUGUCAGGAGGCAUUUAGAGGAUCUAGGAGAUUUUUUAUUUUCAGAUGUAAGAAGCCCUUCUUCACUACAGAGGAAAACUGCAGAUAGCAAACAUAAGGUCCCAGAGGUCUUUAACCGUGUGAUGCAAUCAAACACCACACAGUUUACCAGUAUUUCAGAAACAUCAAGCAAAGACGGCCUCACUAUUAUUUGCUCCAAAAGAGGAGGAGAUGUGUUCAAGCACAGUCACUCAAAUUGGCUUCAGACAGUGCCUUCGAAUCCUGAAGCGAUCAUAUUCAAGUUUGUUCCGAUUUCCUCGCUUCUGACUGGAAUUCCUGGAAGUGGCUAUCUCAGUCAUGCAAUCAAUUUAUAUUUGCGCUAUAAGCCAUCUCCCGAAGAUUUACAAUAUUUUUUAGAGUUUCAAAUUCCAAGGCAAUGGGCGCCCAUGUUUUGUGAACUGCCUCUCAGGCAUCAGCGGAGAAAGACCUCUUCCCUUUCACUGCAAUUCUGCUGCUUGGGUCCAAAGCUUCAUAUUAGCUCUACAGAGGUGGUAAGUGAACAGAAACCGGUGGUCGGCCUCCGCUUGUACCUGGAGGGCAAGAAAAGUGACAGACUUGCUUUACAUAUAAAUCAUCUUUCGAGCCUCCCAAACAAGAUGAUCCUCUCUUCAGAUGCCUCAACCCCGAGCAUACAAUCUAUGUGGCGAGGAUCUGAUGAAAAUGAAUCCAGUAACCAAUUCCUAGAACCAGUCAGAUGGAAGAGAUUCUCAAAUGUGUGCACAGCUGUCGUCAAGCAUGACCCUAACUGGCUGAAUGAUUGUGGAGGUGUUUACAUUGUAACUGGUGCACAACUCAUUAUCAGAGGGAGUUGGCCAAGAAAUGUGCUUCAUCUGCGUCUUCUCUUUACUCACAUAACUAAUUGUACUAUACGGAAGUCGGAGUGGGGCGCCGCACCAGAGGCCUCAAGAAAAUCAUCUUUCUUCACAAAUUUGAGCACAACAUUUUCAUUCACACAGCAUAGUAUUGCUGCUGCUCCACCAAAGCAGGCUCCAACUGCACUUAACUCUGGCAUUUAUCCUAACGGUCCACCUGUGCCUGUUCGCUCGAGUAAACUACUUAAAUACGUCGAGACAGCUGAGGUUUUACGUGGCCCUCAUGAUGCUCCUGGCCAUUGGUUGGUUACAGCUGCUAAGCUUGUCACUGAGGGUGGUAAGAUAGGAUUGCAGGUAAAGUUUGCAUUGUUGGAUUAUUGGUGAUUCUAGGUGGCUACUAUAUUCCGAAGUAAUAAGAUCACUGUGGUUAUCAUCUAGUGUUGCUUAACUUUUUUUCUUCUAAUCUACAUAUUACAUGUAAAUAUCAUUUCAAAAGGCUUUGUACAGUACAGUAUACAAAAUGAGUGGCUGUUGACAUGAGGCAUUGAAGAAUUAAAUUUAGGAUAUACUCCUAGUUCUGGAGAUA